AAUCCACAAACAGAGGUUGAAGAGGAGAGGCGAUUCCUGAAAGAAAAGGAAAGAAGAAGAAAAAAAAAACACAUAGGUUACGGUCAGACAGAGAGAGAGAGAGAAACUGCACAAACUCGGAAAGAAAGUAUUUCUCAUCUUUUGUUUGGUGCCUGAGCCGCUCAGGUACGGCUGAAAAGAAAGAGUCGUAGCAUACGUAUUUUUUAAUACGUCACUUUUAUGAAUCUGGCAAAUUACUCUUACCUCUCGGGCAUGUGCAACAUGACGGCAGAGUCCCCGCACUCGCCAGCCGAGGCGGCCAGUCCCGUGGGUGUGUCUCCCAACGUCAACCUGGACUCCUCGGUACCCGCGCAACCUCUGCUCCUCCCUCGGGCGAAAGACGGGGUGCUGAUCAAGUCCGAACCCCGGGGGAGCAGUCCGAACACGGACCGGGGGGACGGUCCUCCCCUUGGGCACACCGAGGAGCAUCUACCGCCUACCGGGAGCCGGCGCAGGAAGAGGCCCGUUCAGCGAGGGAAACCGCCCUACAGCUACAUUGCCUUGAUAGCGAUGGCCAUUGCCAACUCUCCCGAAAGAAAGCUGACUUUAGGAGGCAUCUACAAAUUCAUCAUGGAGCGCUUCCCGUUCUACCGGGAAAACUCAAAAAAGUGGCAGAACUCAAUCCGACACAAUCUCACUCUCAACGACUGCUUUGUCAAGAUCCCCCGCGAGCCCGGCAGACCAGGGAAGGGCAAUUACUGGACCCUGGACCCGGCCGCCGAAGACAUGUUCGACAACGGGAGCUUUUUACGCAGGAGGAAAAGAUUCAAGCGCACCGACGUCAGUACCUACCCGGGUUACAUGCAGAGCUCGAGCGCCUUCACCCCUACGCCCAUGGGCAGGCCGUCUUACCCAAACACGCUGUACCCGGGGAUGGGUUCGAGCUACGGCUCGCAGCUGGCGGGAUCCCCGCACCCGGCAAUGCUGCACCAUCACUACCAGGCCUCGGCGGGCGUCUCCGCGCAAGGUCAACACAGGAUGUUCAGUAUCGACAACAUCAUUAGCCAGCAAACGGCGAUGCAGUCCGGCCCGGGCGGUGAGCUAAAUGCGCAGGCGUUCGGCUUGGGCGGCGGAGACCUGGGCGCGAUGGCCGCCAGCUGUUCUGUCAGCGGCCCCGAUCCUUCUUCGUGCUUUCAGGCGCAGACUGUGAACCCCGCCGCCAGCGUGCUAAGUCGAGGCACUGGUGCUCUCUCCUCAAACCUGGCUGCCGCUUAUCCUUACUCCUCCUCGGCCUCUCCGCCUCACCUGCCCGCCAUGACGCAGCCCAGUUUCUCCCCAGGUAGCUCUCAGGUGUACUGUUCUGGGAACAGGCUGUCUUUGCCGCCGGUGCGCUCCGGGUCUUGCGCCGACCACGCGGAACAGCUGCUCGGGCUCUCCGGUCCACCGAUGAACUCGUACAACAACUCGUACAUGAGGCAGGCGAACUUCGCCGCAGGACUGGAGCGGUACAUGUAAGAGCAAGUCGGACGGACAGACUUAACAACAAACAAGCCUCAUUAGCAAGUGGCAUUUCAGUGUCAUUCCGAUGCUGCGGUGAAGUGUGCCGUCUGUUCUUUUGUGUUUCCUUUAAUGUGAAAGGACACUACAUUCCAAGGUCUGCAUAUGGUUUUCUGUAAUAAUAUUGUGUUACACAUGUCAGUUAUCUGGAUUGACAUUUUAGUGUAUAUUUUGUAAGCUGAUGUAUGUUUUCUUUUACUUUGAUACAUACUGGCUCGUGAGGUUAUCUUCCUUUAAUUUGAGGAGAAAAUGAAAGUUUACGUUUGCUGGUGUUAAUACUACACGUCAGUAAAGCCUCGCAAAACUAAAUAUUGAACAAAACAGAUAUCACUAAGGAUAUUAUAGGUUUUAAAUGUAUUAGGCCAGCAAAACAUUCUUCACAGUAACGGUCACUGUAUGUAAAUAGUUGAAUUUUAACUGUUACAGAUAUUUGGUAUCAGAAAGAUAAGCGCGUAAAAGUAUACGUCUGUUGUCCUAUAAUUUCUUAAAAUGUCUUGAUGGUUUAAUUAUGGUA